UCUAUCUACUAUACUAAAAGCAUACAUCUUAGCUACAUGGCUUAUUUUUAGCCAAUCAUUUUGUUGAUGUAGACAUUCUCUUAAGCCAGAGAAUUCCCUCUUGGGCGCCAAACAUUUUCCUCUAUUCUCCUUCUUAUGUAAGUUUCUUCCGCCAUCUCUCUCUCUCUCUCUCUUAUUUCCCAUUUUUAUUUCAUCUUCCUUGACAUUCAAAAACCCUAAUUGAUAAGCGAUCGAUCACCAAAAUAUCCAACUAUGAAUCGAGAGUGCAGAUAUGGCAAAGCAAUCAGGUACCGCUAGAAGAAGAGACGACGAAUCGGUACCAACUCGGACUGUUGACUUGGUGUUUCGGUUCGUUCGAUUCGCUGAGUUUGAGAUCCUCUUCAUUCUCUUCUUCGUCAUCGCCUUCAUCAUAUUCAAAGAUCUGGAGCUGAACAUGAAAGGAGCCAAACAAGAAUGCAGGCCUUUGAUGAACAACUUAGAAACUAUAUCCAGCAAUGACUUGGAAACAAUGGGUGCAUGGACCAGACAAAUUGAGCAAAGAAAAGUUGCUAAGGUUGGAGACUAAUCAUCGAAAAAAUUAUGUUAUCAAGUCAUCAGUUAUUUACCGUUAAUAGUAAUAUAUCACUCUAUUUGUAUUUAUUUUAUUUAUAAACUUAUAAUUAAUGUAAAUCAAAAUUUCUUACCCGGCCAAGUUCUCGGGUGAAAACCUACUAUUUGUAUAUUUAUUGAUGUAUA